AUGUCUCAACCACCGCAACGACCUAAAGGGCGAGCUGCCGCUGGUUCUGAAUCUAUUGCGCAGGUUCCCUCAACUGCUGCUAUUCUUGCUACCGCUUCAGCGGACGAGGCUGCCAGUAAUGUACAGCCGCCGGUAUUGAGGCGGGGCAGUGCUUCCACGAGCCUUAGUCAAGCUCCGCGACGACCAAUAAUAACCAAACCCGGAGCAUCAUUAUCAUCUACCGCGGAGCCGCUGUCACCACUGCCCGAAAACACAAUUGCUCUUCCGAUGAUCGAUUCGACAACUACCCUCAAGCCUGCACGACGCGCUACGAUCUAUAUCCCGACCGAGGACACCACCCUGCCAAGCAUAUACAUGGGCAUCUUCAGCCCUAUCAAGGGUCUUGAUCCAGUGGUGAAGUCUGUCCCGGGGGUGGAAUCACCCUUGACGGCUGCAGAACGAUCCAGCAAACCAGAUGUCGAACUUACCGGGAUUAUUGCGCAAAUGGUUGCCAAGAAGAGAGGUGUAGGAAAGGCAAAGAUCGCAAUGUCUCCAAAACGAAGGCCAUUGCAGGUCACGACCAAACCCCUUCAAGAAAGUGCGGUAAUGGUGGAUCGUUGGGGUCAAGGCGGUGGGAAGGAAAACGUUCCCCCGGGUGAGAAUGAAGUGCUCAAUAAGAAAACAAGGUCUAGGAAGGAGCUGCUUGGACUUAGUGGGCGAAGUAGGGAUCUCGAGCCUGUACGGCCACUGGCUCAUCAGCAAGUCAAUCCUCGAGCACGAGUUUCGCUGUUGCACGAACUCGUGCCGGCUCUUCCGGGAAAGGUCAACGACAACAUCAAAAACAACGCUCAAAGUACCAGUACGAAGCCGAGCUGGAAUGCAGGACUACGGUUGAAGAGCAAUCAACCGGGUCAAGCACCCAUGAUGGAAAAACAGCCAACGUCACGCCUCGGGGCAGGAGAGGGCCAAUCCAUUGUCGGGAAGCCAUCAGUUCCCAGUCGAUUUGUUAUUCCCAAAGUUGAUCGUCCGCUGGUCAGGGAGUUAUAUCCCAUUAUCACCGAUGAUAUCGUCGAUCCGGCGAUGUAUGAAGAUAGCUGGCUUAGCCACCAAGAAAUCGUCAUUGCACAACUGGUCAACAACCUCUUUGGGGCGUCUACCCGGAUAUCAUCGCCAGUCGAAGAUGAAACGCUGAGGCUUCAUUUGCUUGAGACAUAUGGGGAUCCGGGAAAUGUGAUGCUCUACAAAAGACUUCAGGCAGCUUUGCCAUAUGGUGCAUUCAGUGUGCCCACGGACGUUCUUAAGAGCGCUGUGAGACUCAGUACUGAUCUCGGAAAGCGAAAGACUUUUACGGAUUUGUGGCUCGACACUUAUGAGCUUCCAUAUCUGCGGAUGGCCCUGGAGGUUGUUGUUGGUCGACAGUGUUCGAGCUAUACACGUGAAUUUUUGUCGGUACGGCCAAGCUUCGACAGCGGCCACGCUGCCAAUCGACGCACGUUGCAACAGUUUAUUGAGACAUUCCUUAUCCGAAAUGAAGAUGGACAACCAGACGAGGCAUCCACCGAUCGUCCUUCCUGGUCUUAUCAGCGCACACUCCUUCGAAGUUUGAUGCUGAUCAAGCUUCUCGACACGAUGACAGCUGCCCCAAGUCAAAUGAGCAGGUGCUUGUUCCGGCCAUCCUCAUCGUACAAGACGUCUGUGAGUGUCGUCAAAGCUCUUUUCCAACUGCUCAAUCCAAGCGCAGGGGACCCUAUUCGAGCCUUGAACCAUAUCGGGUAUGUUGUUAUACACAUUCAACAUCCUCUUGCGGAAUACUCGUACAAGCUGGAAAAUCUGGCAGUCGACCUACGUGAUGGAGUGCGUCUGACGAGGCUUGUUGAACUCCUCCUGUAUCCUUCUACGUCACAGUCCCUCGAGCAUGUGCACGAUUCAAGUUCAACCACGAGUAUCCUUUUGCCGACAGGAGAAGAGCUGUCAUUGGCCGGGGGGCACAGCGGUUGGCCGUUGUCUCAGCAUCUCAAAUAUCCCUGUCCGGGCCGAGCGACGAAACUGUACAAUGUGCAGAUUGCACUGAGCGCCAUACAGGGGGUCAAGGGGGUGGGGACAUUGGCCCAAACUGUCAAAGCAGAAGACAUUGUGGAUGGCUUCAGAGAAAAGACCGUCCGGCUUCUCUGGGGACUGACCAGCAAAUGGGGACUUGGUGGUCUUGUUGAUUGGAACGACGUUGAACGCGAAAUCAAGAGACUGUGUCGCACAGGCGCCAGCAGUCACGAAAACGACUAUUUCGACAUGCUACCAGACGAGGAGGGUCAUGCGCGGCACACCAUUCUGUUGAAAUCAUGGGCUCAAGCCAUCGCCAGCAGGGGCGGAAUUCGGGUGAAAAACUUGACCACAGACUUCACGGAUGGACGGGUCUUUGCCGCCAUUGUCGAGGAAUACGAAAAGUAUCUCAGCUAUGAUGUCGGGCUGCGAACGAGUUGGCCGCUUUCUGAACGACUCAAGCGUCUCGGAUGCAGUGAGCAGUUUGCUAUGCUUUUUGCCAAGUCAGAUGGGCCCCGGCACCAUGCGCACAUCUUCGACCGGGACUUUGUGGUGGCCGCAUUGGCAUUCCUUUGUUCUCGACUUCUCAAUCCGACCAAAGGAAUGAGAGCGGCUGUGACCAUACAGAGAAGAUGGCGGUCGUAUUGGGCACGAGCGGUCGACUCUCGCAAGUCGCAAUUGCGAGAGGUUGCGGAGAGCUGUGCGAGAGUGGCACUCGAAAAGGCGACAGGGGCGAGAGAAGGUGAGAAGGCACAGGAAGAGGAAGACAUCUGGUUGAGUUUGUAA